UUAACCCAAUAAUUUUUACAUUAUUCUUUGUCCAUACAAACAUAUUAAACCAUGUCUACACAACUUGGACUUUCUUCGCGUAUCUUACGCAAAGGGGUUCGCAAUUACACUGCUAAAGCUAUUUUGGCCCCCGGUCAGAAGUUGCAAGGCUAUAAAGUUCAACAGGUUCGUAAAGUACCAGAACUUGAAUUGACAGCCAUUACUUUACAGCAUGAAGCAACUGGAGCUCAGCAUUUACAUAUCGAUAGAGAGGAUGCUAACAAUGUAUUCGCCGUCGGAUUCCAUACACCUGUCAGCAAUGAUACUGGUGUCCCUCACAUUCUGGAACAUACAACUUUAUGUGGAAGUGAAAAAUAUCCAGUCAGAGAUCCUUUUUUCAAAAUGUUAAAUCGUAGUUUAGCUACGUUUAUGAAUGCAUUUACUGCAAGCGAUUACACUAUCUAUCCGUUUGCCACCACCAAUCCUGUCGAUUAUUCCAACCUUAGGGAUGUAUAUAUGGAUGCUGCAUUUCACCCAAAAUUAGAGAAGCUUGAUUUUAAGCAGGAGGGAUGGCGUUUAGAACAUGAAGUACCUACUGAUGUCAAUACACCCAUUCAAUUUAAAGGCGUUGUAUAUAAUGAAAUGAAGGGACAAACUUCUGAUGCAAACUAUUUGUAUUAUUGUCGUAUGCAACAAGCCAUGUUCCCAGGUACAACUUACGAAAAUGUUAGUGGUGGAGAUCCAAAAUUCAUUACGGAUUUGACACAUCAACAAUUACUUGACUUUCACAAGAAACAUUAUCACCCUAGCAACGCCCGCUUCUAUACAUACGGUAACUUUCCUUUGGAGGAGCACUUGGCUGCUAUUGGAGAACGUCUCAAGGGAUAUCAAAAAUCUGAAGUGCCAUUUGUCAACAAAGUUGCUAUUCCUUGGACUGGACCCAAGCAUGUGGAGACAACAUGUGCACUGGAUCCUAUGAGCCCUGCUGACAGACAAACAAAGCUUUCAUUAUCAUACCUUACAAAUGAAUCCACUGAUACCUUUGAAACAUUCUCAAUGCGUUUGUUAUCAUAUCUUUUAUUGGAUGGACAUGCCUCUCCCAUGUAUAAGGCUUUGAUCGAUACCAACCUUGGAUCUGAAUUCUCUUCUAACACAGGCUAUGACAAUAGCACUUGUACAAGCUCCAUGUCUAUUGGUUUGCAAGGUGUCAAGGAUUCUGAUGUUGAAAAGGUCCAAAGUACAAUCAAAUCAGUCAUUGAAAAGGUAAAGCAAGAAGGAUUUGAUCCUAAGAGAAUUGAGGCUGCCAUUCACCAAAUGGAACUCGGUCAAAAACACAAGACUGCUGACUUUGGUCUCACCAUCAUGCAUGGUGUCACGUCAGGCUGGUUUAAUGGUGUUGAUCCAGUUGACCUUUUAGAGAUAAACAAGAACCUUGAUCGUCUCAAGUCCGAGCUGGCCAAUGGCAACUUCUUUGAAAGUCGUAUUGAUAAAUAUCUGUUGGACAACCCUCAUACUUUAUCAUUUAUUAUGAGACCUGAUGAAAAAUACACUGCUGAUUUGAUUACAGAAGAACAGAGCAGAUUAUCUGAAAAGGUUAAGGCUUUAUCCGAGCAAGAUAAAGUUGAGAUUGCCCAAGAUGGUAAAGACUUGUUGGCAUCACAGGAUAGACAAGAAGAUUUGUCAUGUCUUCCUUCUCUUCAGUUGAGUGACAUUGCGCUUAAAGCCAAACAUACUGUUUUGGAACACACUGGUCUUUGUAACACGCCUGUUCAAUGGAGAACUACUGCCACCAAUGGUAUUACUUACUUUAGAGCUAUCAGCACCUUACCUACGCUCCCUGAUGAUCUGAAGAUGUAUUUGCCUUUAUUCUGUGAUUCUUUGUUAUCCCUGGGUACCCGUCAACAGUCCAUGGCCGAAAUCGACGAUGAAAUCCGUCUCUAUACGGGGGGUCUUCGUGCCUCCACCACUUUGAGUACAAACCAUUCCGACAUUGACCAUAUUGAAGAAGGCAUUGCUCUUGUUGGUAACUGUUUGGAUCGCAAUAUCGAUAAGAUGUAUACAAUUUUAGCCAAGUUGAUUCACGAGACCAACUUUGAUGAUGUCGAGAAAUUAAAGACCUUGAUUAAUGGUAACGCUUCAUCCAUGGUGAAUUCGAUUGCAGAUUCUGGUCAUAUUUUCGCACGCACUUUUGCAGGAUCCAGUUUAACACCUGGUAUGCAUAAUGCAGAAUUGAUGGGAGGUAUGACACAGGUAAACUUCAUGAGCCGUUUGGCUGCCCAGCAAGAUAUCUCCAAUGUGGUUGAAAAAUUGAAACAAAUUGCUUCAGCUGUUUUGACUCAAUCCUCCCUCCGAAUUGCUAUUACUUCCGGUGAAGACGCUGUUGAAAGUAACACAAAGGCAUUAGUCAAGUUUAUUGAAGGUUUGCCGACGGAGGGUAAAACUAUCUCCACUGGUUCCAACUCAUUUGCACCUGAAUACAAGAAAUCUUUCUUCCCCUUACCUUUUCAGGUAAACUUCUCGGCUCAAGUCAUUCGUGGUGUUCCUUACACUCAUGCCGAUGGUGCCAGUCUUCAAGUCUUGUCAUCCUUAAUGACUAAUCAUUAUCUUCAUCGUGAAAUCCGAGAAAAGAACGGUGCAUAUGGUGGAGGUGCUCGCUAUGCUGGAUUAAACGGUUUAUUUUCAUUCUAUUCUUAUAGAGAUCCUCGUACAUUGGAGACUUUAGACACAUAUAGCCAAUCCGUGGACUGGGUUCAAAAGCGUAGUUUCACUGAUCAAGAAAUCACAGAAUCCAAAUUAUCUAUUUUCCAAGGUGUGGACUCACCUCAAAGUGUAUCCGAAGAAGGCAUGCUUCAGUUUGUAAAUGGUGUAUCCGAUGAAAUGAGACAAUUGCGACGUGGAGCACUUUUGAAAGUGACUCAAGAUGACAUCAAAAGAGUUGCCCAACAAUAUCUUGAGCAACCCGUAAAAGAGGGUAAAUAUUCUACUGCUUUAUUAGGUGAGGCGACUGAUCGCAUUGCUGCUGAGAAUGGAUGGCAUAUCAAUCAAUGGGGAGAAGCUGUUAAAGAGUAGUUGUACAUGUAAUAAUAAAUAUAGAUAAGAUAUUUUUGUGUUAAAAGGCUGACAAAUGGCAUAUUAAAAAAACCUAAAAAAAAAAUGCGGAGACCCCGGAGACGCUGGAAG